AUGUUCCCUCCUACCACCCGUCGAUCCCCUUCUCCCCCUUCCGUUCCUAUGUCGACAUCGGCAUAUACACUCAACGUUCGACAACACCCUCGAACAACCCUCUUCUCGAGUACGGUCCCAUCUCCCCCUCCUGGACUCUUCCGUUCGACCUUGCCUGCUCCUCCUCCAGGUCUUCCCGUCUUCAACUCCGUGUCCGCCCCUCGGACCGGAAUGCAAAGUCCUCCCCGAUUCGUCGCCGCCCGAGCUCAAUCUCAAACUCAAACUCAACCUCAGACCGACGCCGUUCGACGAGGUUCUCAGGAAAAGGUCGUUCCCGCCCAGAUCUCGAGACAGGAAGUGAUUCGACAGACGGAACCCGUCAGGAUCGGAGAAGAAGAGGAAGAAGGGGCCAGUCUCGACGACCUUUUGAUGUCCAACUUGUCGCCGUCAACCGAGCUCAAUCGGGCUGUGGCGUUUAGCGUGGCUGAGAGCGCUUUGGAGGGUGAUAGUGAGGAUGAUGGGAUCGAUAUCGAUCACCGGAUCAGAAUGCUCGAGCGAAGGAUGACCAACUCGUCGGUCCCGAAGCCUACCACUCUAUCUGCCGCCGCUCCUAUCUUCCAGUUCAACCCCAAGGUCACCCUUCCGUGGGAAGAAGCCGAAGCUAAAAAGGUCGGCAUGGACGUCCUGAGCUACCAGAGGAAGCAGAUGCACGUCAGCCAGGGUGUGGUCUUCAGACCCGCCGAACCCAUGUCGUCGAUCAAGAUCGAUACUUCUUCUCUCGACGAGGAAAAGCCUCGAAAGACCCUGAGCCACUCGAGGUCCAGGUCGGACAUCCCUUCGAUCGCGGCCAAGGCGAACAACGAGUUUGUGCUCAACACCCCGAUCCAGCCCAGCGGGUCGUUCGCUGCGCCCGAACCGGAAAAGGACGUUCAGACCGAGCAGGAGGCCAUCGCGCUCCUCCCUCCUCCGAGGUGCAUCACUCCUCUGCCAUUCAAACGUCCUUCGUUUGCCGAGGCCAUGUUGAUGCCCGGGUUCAAGAGCGGGAUGCCACCGACUUUGGCCGAGAUCAGCGCUCGUUACAAGGCUGGGAGAGCCAGGUCCUCCACCUCGGGUUCGGGAUCCGACAAGGAGAACAACGCCAACACCGACGACUGGCCUGCCCGACCCAAGAGGUACUCGCUGGACUCGACCGACUCGAUGUCGGAGCAGUCCUUUGGCGAGAACGGGUCGACCUCGACCUCUGGCCCGUCUCUUCCCGCUACGCCUCGCAAGUCUCGGUUGCCCGCCUUCCUGCAACACGCCCGGACCAAUUCGACGGGCUCUUCCGGGUCUGACGACGUCAUUCUGUACUCGCCGACAAAGUCGAUCAGUUUCAUGGACGAGCUUUGCAACCAGGUUCCUCAGACCCCCGAGUCGACCUACCCGGUGUUGAAGGUGACGCCUCCUUCGGUGGAGAACGUCUUGAAGCCCAAGUCGGCGCUCAAGACCAAGUCUGGCGGUCCGAUGCAGGUCAUGCUCGAAGACGGCGAAGAUUGCAGCAUGCCCACCUUUGGAGGAGAGGUCAACAAGCACGCCAACGGUCUCAUGAGCCUCGACACCCUUUCGUCGUUGCCGACCAUCACCUGUACUCCCGCUACGGCCCCUGGGAUUGCCGUCAGCCCGUUGGCCAUGCUGGAAGCCCAGGUCAAGCAGAACCAGCGCGUCGAGAAGAGACAAGAGAGGGCGCAGAUUAUGCUCUCCACUUUGCAAAGAAGGAAUCGCGCACCCGGCGUCGCGGCCUGA